CACGCCGUUAGAGUUGAUUUGUCUACUACAUAAUUUAGUUGUUAUUACUUAAAUUUUUGCCGACAAAAUUUGACAUUUGUCGCCAAAGGUGCUAAAAUUUUAGUGGGAAUGUAUAACCUAUUGGCGCCCGCCACCGCCGCAAAUCACCACCGCCACUGCCGCAAUACCAGGUUAUCUCUCGCUCUCUCUCGCGGUCUCGCGCUCGCUCUCGAGCUUGCCGUAUCUCCAAACCGUAUAAAACUUGCCCUAUCCCCUUUCACUCUAAUUUUCCAAAUCUGUCUCGAUUUUGCUCUCUCUAUCUCUCUCGAUUGUGCUCUGUUUCUCGCUCUAUAAAUCGCUAUGGUCGUUUGAAGAAUAGACCUCCAACUGUAUGAACUCCCUCAACUUCUUUAUCUGGUCGUUGGAUUCAUGCGAUGGGAUGCUCACUGUUGGUGAGCAUGGCUUCCCUCAUUUGUUUGAUAAUUUUGCCUAUAAUAUUUGUACAAGGAAAACCAUCAAAGGCAGUUGUGGACUCAUUGGCUUUAUUUGGGGUACUAUAUGAUAAUGGAGAUGUGGAAGUACUCUGUUUAGAUAAAGAGUGCUGGGAGCUUAUUGACAAUGGUCACGAGCCUAGGAAGUAUCUCAUAAAGAAUGGAAUAUAUGACUUUUGGAAUUGGUUUGAUGACCAGACGUGGUAUCCUCUUGGAUGUGUGAUUGGUGGAACUGUUUACCCUGGAUUGACAUUGACAGCAGGCACCAUGUGGUGGUGUGUAUUUAAGAUUGAUACUGAAUUCUUUGAAUAUUCCUGUAUCAUUGGAUGGAAACCGUUUGUGUAUUUACGGCUCCAAUAUUCUUGGCUAAUGCUGCAUGGGCAACCAAUCUGCUAACAAAGGAAGUUAAGGGCACUGGUGCUGGACUGACUGCAGCAGCUCUUUUGGCUAUGAUCAGCUAAGAACAAUGAACUCAACUUCCACUUGAGUUCAAGGGGAAAAUUGGGAUGGAAUCGGGGACAGAUUUCUGAUCAGAUCAGAAAAUCCAGAUGCGAAACAAAAGCUUGUGAUGUGGUUUAUGCUUUCAAGGAAUCAAACAACACACGCAAACCCAAAAGCUUGUGAUGUUGUUUAGGAUUUUUAGACCCAGUGUAUACAUUCAGUAUUUGAACGAGAGAGCGAGAAAGAGAAAGAGAAAGAGAACACCACGCCGGAGAACCACUGUGGUAAGUGUCGAUGGAGAUCGCCACCGCUAGAUUGUCGCCGUCGCAAAUUGCCGUUGAUGCAGCGAGAGGAUGAGAGAGUGAGAAUUAGAACCCUAGUUGUAAAUAGAGUAUUGAAAACAUAAGGGGAAAUGGGUGGGUACCUAUCCCCAACAUAUCCCCAGUGGAGGUUUAAAGAACACCACUUACUUACCCGACAGGUAAGAAAAAAGGAGAAACCCCAUGUAUUUGGAUCGAGUCUCCAUGGAUACUCACAGGGUAGGUUAUCCAUUGCCAUUUCUACGGGUCAGGAGAUUUUUGACUUGCAGAGCAGUAGUGUUUGACUUUUUGUCAAUCAGUAUUUCCCAGCAUUGACUAUUAAUAUCUGAAACAUGUACAGAGUGUUAAUAGGUAUCUGAAACGUGUAAUUCAAGAGGAUGGUCCCAUACAAUACAGGCCUUUAAAAUGUAAAACUCCUAGUUUUGUUCUCAUAUGCAUCAGAUAUCUUGUGGAAGAAGUGAUGCUGGGUCAAUUCUCUUCUUUCUUUUUGUGUGUUUGUGCGUGCGAUCACAAUUAUAGUAGAAUAUGGUGCUAAGGUAGUUUGGAUUUAUGUCAAGGAGAGGGAAAGAACUUUGUAGUCGGUUUUGUUUGAUCCAAAUGCUAAUAUACACAUGUAUGUGUGUGUGUGUGUGUGUGUGUGAUAUGCGUUGUUUU